AUGGCGAUCAUCUCGUUCAAGGUGGCGAGUGCGUCAGAGUACUUGGCCAUCACCGGCUGGGGCAUCAACGACAUCCGUCUGGCGAAGAAGGCAUGGGUGUUCAUCGGCCAAUCGUGCGCCCGUUUCGACGUCUCUCCGGUCAACUACACCUUCAAGGUGGAGGCGAUGAGCUCCGAGAAGCUCCCUUUCAUCCUCCCCGCCGUCUUCACCAUCGGUCCCCAGACCGACGACGUCGAGAGCCUCAUUCGCUAUGCCCGCCUCAUCGCCCCCUGCGACAAGAACUCCGACCACGUCAAGGAUCUCGUUCAAGGUGUCAUUGAGGGGGAGACGCGGGUGCUCGCUGCCGCCAUGACCAUGGAGGAGAUCUUUAAGGGGACCAAGACGUUCAAGCAGGAAGUGUUCGGGAAGGUGCAACUUGAGCUUAACCAAUUUGGCCUAGUCAUCUACAAUGCCAACGUCAAGCAGCUCGUCGACGUCAAGAACCACGAGUACUUCUCCUACCUCGGCCAGAAGACUCAGCAGGAGGCCGCCAACCAGGCCAAGGUCGAUGUCGCUGAGGCAAGGAUGAAGGGCGAGAUGGGAUCCAAGGAACGUGACGGCCGGACACGACAAAAUGCCGCCAAGAUUGAUGCGGAGACCAAGGCGUACUCAAAGCAGAGGGAGGGGGAGGGCAGCAAGGCCGAGGCCAAGGUCCAGACCGAAGUCAUGUUGUUCCAGGUCGAGCAAGAGGCGGCAGUUGCGGCCGCCAAUGCACAACUCGCAGUGAAGAAGGCGGAAUGGCUGUGCCAGGCCAAGGUGGCCGACGUCGAGGCUGCCAAGGCCAUCGCCAUCAGGGACUCGGAGUUGCAGCUCGAGGUAGAGAAGAAGAACGCUUCCUGCCAAACGGAGAAGCUCAAGGCCGAGCUCCUUACCAGAGCCACCGUCAACUACGAAAUUAAGGUUCAGGAAGCAAAUUGGGAGCUGUACAGGAAGCAAAAGGUGGCGGAGGCGGCGUUGUAUGAGCAAGAGAGGCAAGCGGAGGGCCAGCGUGCGAUCGCGGAGGCCAACUUCUUUACACUGCAGCAGCAGGCCGAUGGAGCACUCUACGCUAAGCAGAAGGAGGCGGAGGGGAUACUGUCCAUAGCAGAGGCGCAGGGCGUGUACCUGCGCACGAUUCUGGAAGCGCUCGGUGGGGACUACGCGGCAAUGAGAGACUUCCUGAUGAUCGACGGCGGCACAUACAAGGAGAUGGCGAGGAUCAAUGCGGAGGCAGUGAAGGGGCUCAACCCCAAGAUCAGCAUCUGGUCCAACGGCUCGGAGGUGGCCGGCGGAGGUGGACAGGGCAGCAGCCACGUGUCGUCGGCUAUGCGGGACAUGGCCGGGGUGUACAGCAUGCUGCCGCCACUGUUCGGGACGGUGCAGGAGCAGACGGGGAUGCUGCCGCCGCCGUGGAUGGGGAAGUUGGAGUCGCCGGCCAAUUAAUUAAUUUCUUAUUUUGCCAUUUUCGUUUAUUUUUUUCCUUUUUUUGAAUUC